CUCCUCAUUCGCCUUCUCCUUCCUCUCCCUCCCUGUCUCCGUCUCGAAUGCCAUGAAAUCUUCUGGUACGACUUUUCUGGACAGAUUUCUCAGCAACACCAAAAGAGAAAGAUGCUUCAACAUAGGCAGUGCCGUGCCUUUCCUUCUCACUUGUUUCUUCGUCGCCUUCAUUUUCAGCUUCUUCCUUCUCUACUCCCCCAACCCUUUGACUCUCAUCCCUGAUAAACCCUUUCACCACCCUCACAAGCAGCACCAUCAUCACGCCUCAACUAAACUCACUUCACCAAAACCCCAAAACGAGCAGAAGAAAGCCUGUGACUUGUUCAAGGGAAAUUGGGUUCGAGCUCCGAGAGAGUCAUCGUAUUACACCAAUUGGAGUUGCACCUUAAUUCCUGAUUCCAAGAACUGUCUCAAGCAUGGCAGAGAGGACAGUGAUUUUCUGAACUGGAAAUGGAAGCCUGAUGAGUGUGACCUGGAUAGUUUCAACCCCAAAACCUUCCUCCAUCUCGCUCGAGGGAAGAAGCUGGCAUUCAUAGGUGAUUCUGUGUCUAGGAACCACAUGGAUUCCCUCGUUUGUCUCCUCUCACAGGAGGAAACUCCGGAUGAGAUUUGCAAGGACCCAGAAGAUAGGUACCGGAAAUGGCAUUUUCCGAAGAGCAACUUCACAGUAAUGAGCAUAUGGAGCAGAUUCCUGAUAGUGGGUGAGGAAAGAAUGGUGAACGGAACAGGGACAAACAUAUUCGACAUGCACAUAGACAAGGUUGACCCAGAUUGGGGCAACGUAGUCCCAGAAUUGGACUACGCGAUAAUCUCCGCAGGACACUGGUUCUUCAGAGUAAUGUACCUGCAUGACGCUGACAACCUCGUAGGCUGCGUCUUCUGCAAGCAACCAAAUGUCACGGACUACGACAUCGACUUCGCUUUGCGGAUGGCCUUUCGAGCAGCCUUCAACUUCUUCAAUAACUGCGAGAACUGCAAGAAAACAUUGGUAUUUGCGAGAACAUUCGCGCCGGCUCACUUCGAGAACGGUGUUUGGAACACCGGGGGGUACUGCAACAGGACGAGUCCGAUGAGUGAAGCUGAGGUUGAUUGGAAGAGUUUCGAGUGGAAGCUGAGGAAUGUGCAGAUGGAGGAGUUUGAGAGAGGAGCAAGACAAGGGGACGAGAGCAAGAGGUACGAGGUUGUGGAUGUGACGAGAGCGAUGAUGAUGAGGCCAGAUGGACAUCCAGGGGAGCACUGGGGCAACAAGUGGAUGAGCGGUUACAAUGAUUGUACACAUUGGUGUAUGCCUGGUCCUGUGGAUUUCUGGAGCGAGCUUUUGCUUGCUCUUCUCAUCCAGAGAGAGCCUUCUUCUACCUCUUAGGAAAACUGUUAAAUAGUAUAUUCCAUCAAAUUUAUACCUCAUCUCUCUCUCUCUCUCUCUCUCUCUCUCUCGAAGCUUAAUAAUAAUAGUUUAGAUCCUCCUAAUGUUUUAGAACUUGGUAGCUCUUUCUAAAUUCCAAUGUCGUUACGUGUAAUAACGUUAACAAGUCCAUAGAUGUCGUGCAUCAUCGUCGGUAAAAUCUCCCCCGGAUAUAUUCCCAUUUUUUAUUUUUCUGGUAAAUAUAACACAUGGAAUUUUCCAAACCGGAUGCAUUUUAACAAACGUUAAGCAAACGGUUAUUAUUUGAA